UCGACCCUCCUCUGAGUCGGAUUCGCCGACAUCUUUCUCGCAACUGAGUCCGGAGGAUAGUGACAGACGCUUUCAGAACAAAAAGUUUGAAUUACUUUUAUCUUCGAAUAUCUCCAGCUUGUCACUGGUAAAUAACUUAUGAACAGUUAGUUUCCAUGUGAAUCUUUUCCAAGAAACGUAUCCUACUCUCUUGUUAUGAUCUUCACCAGCUGGUCAUCUUAAAUAUGAAAGGGAAGCUCUAACCGAGCAUUGCAGUGUUUGUCAGCCAAUAGUGCAUCCAGAUAAUUGCACCAUCAUGGCAUAGGAAACACUUAUCACCAUCGAGAAGAAUGAAAGGUAAAAAGUCGCACGAUUUUUUGCCCAACCGGGUGGAAACUGUAAAAACUGUCGAGUUGAAGGCCUUUGCUAUCCCACGAAUUUCUGGCCAUAAGACGGGCACUGAGACAACAACAUUCACAUCAUUUGAUUGGUUAUGGAAAAGAUUUGUCAGCAGCCAAUCAUUAGCCAAAACAGAAACGGACUCUUUGAGCUCAGAAUCUCACAGCAAUCUCACAGACUGUUCCGAAGUCGAGACCCUCCAGUCUGGAGAAGAAGUGGUCACAAUCGUGCCAUCUGAAAGCCGAGGUCGUCGUGAAAAUGGAGGACAUGGUCUGGACAUGGGAGAAAAAACAGAAGGUCCGCUCCGCAGGCGUCGCUGCAUCAUUUUAUUGGUCGUUGUCGUCUGUUUUCUCGUCAUUUCCACCGCAGUCAUCACCGGAGUGCUCCUUACCGUACACUCACACGGAACAGCAAUGGCAAGUCAAGGAUCGACAACUACCAACAAGGUAUUCUUGUCAGCAACAAUCACUAUUACAGACAAUGCAAGUAGACAUUUGAUGACUUCACCCAGCGUGAACUUAACGACAUUCAUCAGAAGCACAAACAUCAGUGAAACUACUCGUUCAUGGAUUACUAGCAGUGUCAUCUCUCCAGUCCAAAGUAUUCCAAGCAGUGUCAGUGAAACUACCUUUACAUCGACUACUGACUCCUCCACCAAAACCAUUACAGCCAGCAUCAGUAACUCAACCCCUUUGUUCACUUCUGACAGUGUCAACUCUCCAUCCCAAACCUUUACAAGAAGUGUCAGUGAAACUAUUCCAUCGUGGACUACUGGCAGGGUCAUCUCUCGAGAAAAAACCACCACAGGCAGUAUAAGGGGAACUAAUCCAUCAACGAAUAUUAUGAAUGUCAUUUCUUCAAACCAAGUAAUUAAAGACAACAUCAACACCACAACAUCGUCUGCUUCAGUUACCAACACCACAACGUCGUCUGCCUUAAUAAACAGCACCAGACAAUCUCCUUCCUUAAUAAACAUCAGCACAGCGUCGUCUGCCUCAGUUACAAACAGCACUACGUCGUCUAACUUAAUAAACAGCAGCACAGCGUCGUCUGCCUCAGUUACAAAAAGUACUACGUCGUCUAACUUAACAAACAGCAGCACAGCGUCGUCUGCCUCAGUUACCAACAGCACUACGUCGUCUAACUUAACAAACAGCAGCACUACGUCGUCUGCCUCAGUUAGCAACAGCACAACGUCGUCUAACUUAAUAAACAGCAGCACUACGUCGUCUGCCUCAGUUAGCAACAGCACAACGUCGUCUAACUUAAUAAACAACAGCACAACGUCGUCUGCCUCAGUUAGCAACAGCACAACGUUGUCUGCCUCAGAUAGCAACACCACAACGUCGUCUAACUUAAUAAACAGCAGCACAACGUCGUCUGCCUCAGUUAGCAAAAGCACAACGUCGUCUAACUUAAUAAACAGCAGCACAACGUCGUCUGCCUCAGUUACCAACAGCACUACGUCGUCUGCCUCAGUUAGCAACACCACAACGUCGUCUAACUUAAUAAACAGCAGCACUACGUCGUCUGCCUCAGUUAGCAACAGCACAAAGUCGUCUAACUUAAUAAACAGCAGCACUACGUCGUCUGCCUCAGUUAGCAACACCACAACGUCGUCUAACUUAAUAAACAGCAGCACUACGUCGUCUGCCUCAGUUAGCAACAGCACAAUGUCGUCUAACUUAAAAAACAGCAGCACAACGUCGUCUGCCUCAGUUAGCAGCACCACAACGUCGUCUGCCUCAGUUACCAACAGCACUACGUCGUCUGCCUCAGUUACCAACAGCACUACGUCGCCUGCCUCAGUUACGAACAGCACAACGUCAUCUGCCUCAGUUACCAACAGCACUACGUCGCCUGCCUCAGUUACCAACAGCACAACGUCAUCUGCCUCAGUUACCAACAGCACUAGCACAACGUCGUCUGCCUCAGUUAGCAACAGCACAACGUCGUCUGCCUCAGUUACCAACAGCACUACGUCGCCUUCCUCAGUUAUCAACAGCACAACGUCGUCUGCCUCAGUUACCAACAGCACAACGUCGUCUAACUUAAUAAACAGCAGCACAACGUCGUCUGCCUCAGUUAGCAACAUCACAACGUCGUCUAACUUAAUAAACAGCAGCACAACGUCGUCUGCCUCAGUUACCAACAGCACUACGUCGCCUGCCUCAGGUACCAACAGCACAACGUCGCCUGCCUCAGUUACCAACACCACAACGUCGCCUGCCUUAGUUACCAACAGCACAACGUCGUCUGCCUCAGUUACCAACAGCACAACGUCGCCUGCCUCAGUUACCAACAGCGCAACGUCGCCUGCCUCAGUUACCAACAUGUGA